AAGAAGGAGAACCAUACUAGUGUGCCAUACUUGUGGUGCACCAUUGACUGUUUAAGGAAGUAGUUCUGGUUUAAUCUGGCUAUAAGACUAAACCUCCUAUGUAAGAUACUUAGACCUAUUCAUAGCCACUCGAUCUGUAUCACUGCUUGUGCUGUAACAACAUUCAAAGCAACACAGUUCAAGAAGAAUAGCCAGACUCGCUAAGCUCGGGAUUUACUAGGCUAAGUUGUCUGGUCUGGGGUAGUCAAACUGUUCUGGCAACAAGAGUUGAUAAGAUGUGGAAAGAGUUGAAGAAAAACCAGCUAGUCAAGUACGGCGCUGUGACCACAGUGACAACCAUCAUGCCGUUUGUCUCCAAACCAGGCUAUGUUUUACUGCGAAAGUGGAUCGCCGGUGGGAUAUGCCGCAGCCGUGCCAAACUGCAUGGAAGGACUGUGGUGAUCACUGGUGCCAACACUGGCAUCGGCAAGGAGACGGCCUGGGAUAUGGCCAUGAGAGGAGCUCGGGUGAUCAUGGCUUGCCGAGAUCUUACCAGGGGAGAAGCAGCUGCAGCAGAGAUCCGCAGUUCCACAGGAAAUACUAACGUGGUGGUGCAACAACUAGACCUGGCCUCCCUCGGUUCAGUACGUCAGUUUGCUCGGGAAUUCAUUGCCACAGAGACCCGUCUGGACAUACUUAUCAACAACGCAGGUAUAAUGCUGUGUCCCAAAAGCCUCACAGUGGAAGGUUUUGAGAGUCAAUUUGCCGUCAAUCACCUAGGUCACUUCCUAUUGACCAAUCUGCUCCUGGACCUGCUGAAAGCCUCCACCCCCAGCCGGGUCAUCAAUGUGUCUAGCAUCGCUCAUCAAGGCGGGAAAAUCCACUUUGAAGACCUUAAUUUUGAUAAGAAAGGUUACAACUCAGUAAUCGCCUAUAAGCAGAGUAAACUGGCCAACCUCCUCUUCUCUAGGGAGCUGGCACGAAGGACCAAAGGUACUGGAGUGACGUCGUAUUCCCUGCACCCCGGAGUUAUCCGGACAGAGCUGUGGCGCCACUCGCAGUCAAAGUACCCCACGUUGAGUGCAAUGCUGUCAGCCCCCGCCUGGCUCCUAAUGAAGACCCCCAGGGAGGGUGCCCAGACCACCAUCUACUGCGCCGUCAAUGAAGGGCUGGAGGAGAAGAGUGGCUGCUACUUCAGUGACUGUCAGGUAAAGGAGCCAGCUCCUGAGGGAAGAGAUGAUCUUGCAGCACUGAGACUAUGGGGUGUUAGCGCCGGGCUAGUAGGACUCAUUAAGAACAACUGAACAACUCGCCUUGCAACAAUACUGACAUAUUUUUCCAUGUUGGCUCUUAACUUUCAUAUCAGAAGGGUAAUUGUAAGAUAUCCUGUAUUCUAUGUAUAUAUAUUGUGGGAAAAUACACAUUUUCUAUAUUAUACAUUGUGGGAAAAUACACAUUUUCUGUACUAUAACCUCAGCAAAAAAAGAAACAUCCUAUCACUGUCAACUGCGUUUAUUUUCAGCAAACUUAACAUGUGUAAAUAUUUGUAUGAACAUAACAAGAUUCAACAACUGAGACAUAAACUGAACAAG